ACUGAGUCGCUUCCUCAACAUACACAGUAGUGGCUCAAUAGCGAGACUGUACAGCUGACCUGUUUCAUUAUUUUGUUUCAUUAGUUUCAAGUGAACAAAGCCUCCUGUUGAUCUCACUGACAGUUGUCUGAAACAACAUGGCCACCGCCGACAAGCUGCUGGAGAUGAUCUUCUCCUGGAUCGAGCAGAGGAAGCAGUGUGCGGACCAGCUGAGCAAACUGGCCCAGGAGCUGGAGUCGCUCCGGAUGAAGAGCAAAGGCGGACAGUGUGUGGGCAGUUCGGUGGCCGUGGUCGGGGCGGCGUGUCUGCUCGGCGCCGGCGUCACGAUCUUAACCGGUGGAGCGGCUGCUCCCCUGUUAGGUGCGUUAGGAGCAACGUACACAGGCGUAGGUGCCGUCAUCUCUGUGGCCUCGAAAAUCAUCGAGUCCUUCGUCUCCAGCGACACCAUGAAGGACGCCAAGAAAAUCGAAGAGAAAAGCAACGACAUCGCAAAAAACAUUCAGCGACUGUUCGAGCAGCUGAAGUCGGAGAAGGAGGCAGUGAACUCCUUCACCAACCCCGACCAUCUGGACCGACACAUCAUGACCGAGAUCCUGAGGUCUGUGGCCAGACGAAGUGGACUGAGGCGAAGGAUCAGAAUCCGAAUGGUCGACAAUGAGCCGCAGUUGUUUUAUGGCGGCGGCAGCGGAUUCAGAUGCGGAACCUUUGGGCCGAACCCCUUGAUGAACCCGAGUGUCUCCAUCCUCGUCACGGCCGCUGGCGUGAUGGCGUUCUUCACGCUCAGUGCGGGCGGGAAGAAAUUCAACUUCCUAUUUGUUAAAGGAGGUCAGCAGCUCCUCAAGGAGAUUUCUGUGACGGGACUGAAAACCGCCCUCAAAGGAAGUGCCAUGCUUGUGGGCGGAGCCAUUGGAAUGGCAUUUGCGCUUCCUGAGGCGAUUGACAACUGGACGGACCUGAUCAAGAACAACAACGUGACGGAAGCGAGCCAAUCCCUGAGAGACACGGCCACGGCGAUCCGCAAAAUCAUACGGACGCUGGAGCAACAGUUUGAUGACAUCAAACGGAUGCUGAAGACGAUGGAUGAAGAACAACGAGAGGAGGAACAACGUUUGGCCAAAGUUAAACUCAUCAUAAAGAACCCAGAGAGGAGCUCAGCAGACAAGCGCAUAUUAGAGAUGUUCGCGAUGAAAACAUGCCAGAACCAAACUCUACAACAAUGGCUGAGAGAGAAUUCAGGGUCGGAGGCUUUCUUCAAACUUGUGGACUUGUUUCAUUUAAUGACAAAACAGAUCGCAGAUAAGACUAACGAGGACGAUGAAGAGUCAGAUGAGGAAGACGAGGAGAGCGACGUGGACAUCAUCUUUGUGGCUCACGGAUCCAUCAGAGACUCGCAGGUCCCUGCGUCUUGUCUGCUGCCUCUGGCCAACAUCAAGGACGUGCUGCUGUAUUCUCCCUGGAACUGCGUCCUCACUGCUCACGCAGCAUACGGCGUCGCCACAGGUCUCAUACAACCUCCACACAGAAGGUUCUACUGUAAGAAACUGAGCGACUGUCCAAUUCCUGAAGACAGACAGAAUCCACAGCAUCAUUAUAACCAUCAUCAACCCAGGAAACUACCGAGCCAGUGGAACUCGAUGAAGAGAGCUGGAUCUCAAGCGAUUCCCAACAUCAUGGUCAGUACUCUCAAGGUUCCAAAGGACGGAGCAUGGACGAGUUUCGUAAAUCUCACAGAAACUCACGGUCAACCAGGGAGAAGCCGCAUCGUCAUCCCGUUCAUCCUCCCGGGUCUGACAGUGAGAAUCCCGUUCUUCGUCGUCACCUGGGUCAUGUCUCUGGUUCUCCUCGUCUUCCGGUUGAAAGCCACCGUCCAUCUCGCUGCCUGUCUGGGUGAUAGAUCAACUCGAGGGAAGUUUGCCAGGGACUUCCUGGAGACACAGUAUUCCUACACAGUGGACAACACUGGAAUGACAUCAUCAGCCACCAUGUUGCCCAUCAGACGAGCCGACCUGUACAGAGCCUUUCAGGCUGUGUUUGAUUAGACAGGUUCAAGACACCAAGUCACAAAAUCAGCUCCACUUCAGUUUAAUGAUGAUUUUCUGUCCAUGCAUCAAGAUGAACACUGACUCCGUCCUCAGUGUUUCCAGGUGUUGUGGACUUCUAACCUGCUCAUCACAUUAAAGCUUUAUAUACAGUCAGUGAUGGUCUUUAUAGCCUCUUCAGUUAGUGUGUUAGCCUCCUCAGUUAGUGUUAGCCUCUUCAGUUAGCGUAUUAGCCUCUUCAGUUAGCGUAUUAGCCUCUUUAGUUAGUGUGUUAGCCUCUUCAGUUAGCGUGUUAGCCUCUUUAGUUAGCGUGUUAGCCUCUUCAGUUAGCGUGUUAGCCUCUUCAGUUAGCGUGUUAGCCUCUUCAGUUAGCGUAUUAGCCUCUUUAGUUAGUGUGUUAGCCUCUUCAGUUAGCGUGUUAGCCUCUUUAGUUAGCGUGUUAGCCUCUUCAGUUAGCGUAUUAGCCUCUUUAGUUAGUGUGUUAGCCUCUUCAGUUAGCGUGUUAGCCUCUUCAGUUAGCGUGUUAGCCUCUUCAGUUAGCAUAUUAGCCGCUUUAGUUAGUGUGUUAGCCUCUUCAGUUAGCGUGUUAGCCUCCUCAGUUAGUGUGUUAGCCUCUUCAGUUAGCAUGUUAGCCUCUUCAGUUAGCGUGUUAGCCUCUUCAGUUAGCGUGUUAGCCUCUUCAGUUAGCGUGUUAUCCUCUUCAGUUAGUGUGUUAGCCUCUUCAGUUAGCGUGUUAGCCUCGUCAGUUAGUGUGUUAGUCUCUUCAGUUAGUGUGUUAGCCUCUUCAGUUAGUGUGUUAGCCUCUUCAGUUAGCAUGUUAGCCUCUUUAGUUAGGGUGUUAGCCUCUUCAGUUAGUAUUAGCCUCUUCAGUUAGGGUGCUAGCCUCUUCAUUUAGCGUGUUAGCCUCUUCAGUUAGGGUGCUAGCCUCUUCAGUUAGCGUGUUAGCCUCUUCAGUUAGUGUGUUAGCCUCUUCAGUUAGCGUGUUAGCUUCUUCAGUUAGCUUGUUAGCCUCUUUAGGCUACUGUGAAUCUAACAAAUAUUAGCUCAUUGCUACAUCCCUCAAAGGCCAGUAACUCUGCUGCUGAGCUAACCGCACAGUCAGCUAACAGCUAGCUGUGAACUAGCUGCAGCUAGCUGUCACUAGCACUAAAGCAAUGUUAAGAUGUGAUGCAACGUGAGCUGCAGGUCGGGGGUCGGAUCAGGUUGUGAUCGGCCUUUUAUCUGAACCUUUCAGAUGUGAAGCAGAGAACUGCACUGCAAAAAGUAAUUCCAAGAAAGUAAAGAUAGCCUUGUCAAAAAAGAAAAAUUAUCUUGUCAAGCAAGUUUUGGACUAGAAAAGUGAUCUCACUUUAAGAAAUGAUAUCCAACGUUGUCUUAAUAAGAUAUCAGAGCUCAUAUUGAAUAACAAGAUACAACAAUGGUUUGCAUGAAAUCCUGGCAGAGUAAGACCACCUACACAAUUUCUCUAUUUAAAUGUCCCACAUUGAACCUUUCUGGUGUUUUAUUUGAAGUUUGAUCCUUAAGAAUAUAUAUUUGUUUUAUUUCUCUUUUUAAGGAGCUCUGCAAAGAAACAGGUCAAUGUUGGCCUGUCGAACUGAAAUGUGUUGAGCGUCUCUUCUGAUUGUCCGACUGUUUUCUGAGUGACGCACGGCCAGGCCAACCAGCUCCUCUGUUCACGUGUGUCUGUUCUGUGUGAGUCAUGUUGUGCAAAUAAACAGCAGGCAGUCAAUCUAA